UAAGGGGAAACUGCAGCGAGGAAGUUCCCAUCUUGGCCAACGGGAUGAUGAGGCUGGGAGGCGGGGCCGUUUUUCUGCUUCGCUGGGUCGGAGGGCAAAACUCCCAAAGUGAGCGGCGCGGCGCUUCCUUAUCGGGGAGUAGUAGAAUCAGAAAUGAGCAACUCCAUAACACCUUCUACCUAUGUUCGCUCCCUUGGCUAUGGAGUGAUGAGACAACUGGCAGAUUUCAUUGAUCCACAAGAAGGAUGGAAGAAAUUAGCUGUAGAUAUAACAGAUCCAUCUGGUGCAAAACGAUACAACCAAAUGCAUAUAAGGCGAUUUGAAGCAUUAAAGCAAGUAGGAAAAAGUCCUACCUGUGAAUUACUUUAUGACUGGGGGACCUUAAACUGUACAGUUAGUGAUUUGGUGGACCUCCUCAUCAGAAAUCAGUUCUUGACACCAGCAAGUCUUUUGAUUCCAGAUUCCAUAAGCAUGACAAAAGACGUGACAUUGUCUCUAUCCUUACGGGAAACUGUACUCCUAAAUGAUAAAGGACCUCUUGUAGAAGACAAGAAAAUGCCAUCUGAAUUGCCACUCUUGGGUACAAAUAAUGGCCACCUAAGGUCAAGUUGUUGUGAUCUAAGUUCAGAGAAGAACAGCAAUCAUCUUAAUGAUACAGGAUUGAAAAGCUUCACGUUUCAUGCGCUGAAAAGUAUUACAAAUAACUUUGAUGACCGAACUGUGUCAGAUGGUGGCAAUAAGAUUGGUGAAGGAGGCUUUGGAGUUGUUUACAAAGGAUGCAUCAAUGGCCAAAUAGUGGCAGUGAAAAAACUUACAGCUUUGGCUGAUAUAAGUAUCGAAGACCUGAAAAAGCAGUUUGAGCAAGAAAUAAAGAUUAUGGCAAAGUGUCAACAUGAGAACUUAGUAGAAUUACUUGGUUUCUCAAAUGAUUUUGAUCAGCCUUGCUUAGUGUAUGAUUAUAUGCCCAAAGGCUCCUUACUUGAUAGAUUAGCUUGUCUGGAAAACACUUCACCAAUACCUUGGGAAACGAGAUGCAACAUUGCUUAUGGUACAUCAAAUGGACUCUCUUUCCUGCAUGAAAAUAACCAUAUUCACCGAGAUGUUAAAAGUGCAAAUAUCUUACUAACUGAAACAUUUGUGCCAAAACUUUCUGACUUUGGGCUUGCAAGAGCAUCAGUGAGAUUCACACAUACUAUUCUAACAGAUAGAAUAGUUGGAACAGCUGCCUAUAUGGCUCCAGAGGCUUUGAGAGGGGAGAUAACUCCUAAAUCGGAUAUCUUCAGUUUUGGUGUGGUAUUACUCGAAAUAAUAACUGGGCUUACUCCUGUGGAUGAAAAUCGGGAUCCCCAGUUACUGCUGACCAUAAAAGAGGAAAUUGAAGAUGAAGAAAAGACUAUUGAAGAUUAUGUUGAUAAAAAAAUUAGCAACUGGAAUAUCACAUCAAUUGAACAGAUGUAUACAAUUGCUUCCCAGUGUCUGCAUGAGAAGAAGAACCGGAGGCCAGAUAUUGAAAGGGUCAAACAACAUUUAGAAGAAAUGAUCAAAUAAGAUCACUUCUGUAUCUUGACUUGGUGUUUAAACAAACCUGUUUUUAUAUCCUAACUUGAAUGUGUGUGUUCCUCUGUGGUGGUUAUUCAGUGUUUUUUAAAUGAAUGCAGUAAGGCUUGUGGCCCUUCCUUUUGUUAUCUUUCUUAGCAAUAUCCCAGUAUUUCUUAUUAAAUCUAACAGAAACUUUAUUCAUAAUUAAGAUUACAGUAUAGUGAUAGAAACAUAUUUAUUCAGUAAAAACAAGAUGACAUCUAGACAAAGUUCCUAUAGUCACAUUAUCUUGUCUUUUUUAAUCAUGUAUGUUUCUAUUUUAAAACCAAAUAUAUCUUUCAUAAUUUAUUUUCAAAAACAUUGUCUUUUCUAGUAUGCUUUUUCCCUUAACAAAUUUCUUAAACUAAGGGUAUCCUAAAUUAAUUUUACCUUCAGAACCUUUAGUUUUAUUUUUGUUAAUAGUUGAAUUUUAUUAUAUUAUGUAACUUCAUUUCUAUGAUUGCGAAGAAUGAAAAAAAUGGGGUGGGGUGGAGAGGUCCGCCAAGACUCUUCAGUGUUGAAACAUGUUUUGGAUGGAUAGUGGGGAGGAAGCUGUCUUUAUUGUUUCAUUUUAGCCUAGCAAAAUUCUCAUCGUGGGUUUGAUGUUAAAGAAGGAGAGAGCUUUGUUACUUGUGGAUUAUCCCAAGGUUUAUUAUAACGAUCAUAGCGUUAACUCAAGGACUGAUAUCCUCACCAUUUGAACUAAGAAAAGGUCUCAGGAAAACCUGGAUCUAGAAAAUGGGGAAAGGAAAGCUCAUAUAUUUAUUGCUGGGGUGGUGUGUGUUUUAAGGAAAGCACUUAAUAGUACUGAGAGGCCUCAAACUGCAUGAGCAGAUCUCAAAAGAGCUUUGAUUUUCCUUGUGAAUUAGGAAUUUGGGCAGAAAGGGUCUCUUUCCCCAGUAUCUACAAAUGUACCACUUCAAAAGAUUCAUGUCUUUACAUUCCAGCAUGAUCAACAAUGCAAACGUUAAUGUAGUGGGCAGGCACUGUUUUCCUCAUGCAUGUUCCUUCAUUGCUCAUCUAUUUAAUUGUUUAAUAGUACUCAUCAUAUUCUUAAUGAUUACACAACUCAGCUUAUCUUUCUUCCUAUAUCACAUUGUGCAGGUUUAAAAUAUACAACAGAAAGCACCUUUUCAGACAUUAAUUUAUCACAGCUUAGUGAUGAAAUCACAUGCACAAUUACCAGGAAGUAAGUCCUAAUAAAUUCACAGGUGCUUAUUUCCAAGUAGACAAGAGUAUUUUUGCCUUACAGGGCAACCUUUGUGUACUUUGGACCAGUUAUCCACUACCAAAUGAUCAAAACUUCACUUCCUUUGGUUCCAGGUGAUGCCCUGUUUUUGAAGACAGAGUUAUUAUGGGCAAAAAGCCCUAAGGUAUCCUAGGUAUAUUAUUAGAAAAGUAAACAAUUCUGUCACUACUACUAUACGAAGUAGUAAUUGUCAAGUUGAAGCUGUAGUGUUACAUUCUAUAUAGCAGAUACUGUGAAAAAUCUGCAGAGACGAUGGCAGUUUGCCUUCUAAGGAAAUACUUAUGUACCUUUUAUAAAUUAACUGACAAUCCACUUUAUCACUAUAUAAGUAUUUUGAAUUAAGGAUAGCAUCAGUGCUAUUUCACAAAUGAUUCUCUGUUCAUUCAAAUUAAACCUGAUUAAUCAUUUACUGUAUUUAUUGAUACACAUUUUAGAUAGGAACAAGGAGAGAAUAAAAAAUAAAAUUUGAAAUUAACAAAUUUUCUAUAAAUGUAUAGCUUAUGUAUUUCGUACAUUCAAUGCUAUAAAUAUGAAACCUGCAUAUUUACAAGGAAGCAAAAGCCAGUGGAGGUAAGAGCACUUCCCAUAAACAUAUACAUAAAAAGUGUACAUUGAGAUUACGUUAAUGUUUUUAUUUUGAGUGGAUAGUUUUGUGUAUUUGGUCCUCUUUAAGAUUUCAACUGCAAACGGGCAUGUAUGGUUCUAAUUAUUCAUCUGGCCAACACUAAUAAGAAAGACUGCUUACAUCA